AUCAGAAAAAUAUCCAGCCCAGCAUACCCACUUCGCCUCUCGUCGUCUGCUCGGCCGAUCUCGCGCAGCGCCGCCGCCGCCGCCGGAUCCCUGAAUCUGAACCCCUGUCGUCUUGCCCAGCCUCGAGCACGUCCCCCUUCCCCCUCCUCUACCCUCCCUCCGUUCGAUUCGAGCUUGCCGUUAGGGUUCUUGACCCCGCUCCACCUUCUCCCAUGGCGGAUGAAGCCAACCGAACGGCGUUCAUGGAGCUGCAGGCCCGGAUGUUUGAUACCACCGGAAAGAUCAAGCAGUUACAAACCCAAAUGCGUUCUAAAGAGGGGGAAAAGAAGCGUGCUUACCUCACUCUGGAGGAACUCCGCCAAUUGCCAGAGGACACUAACACCUACAAGACUGUUGGAAAAGUGUUUAUUUUGGAGCCAAAAUCAGUUCUUUUGAACGAGCAAGAGCAAAAAUUUAAUGAAAGUGAGAGCGCGAUAGCAUCAAUGCAGACUUCUAAGGAAUAUCUUGAGAAACAGUUGGGAGAGGUGGAGAACAACAUCAGAGAGCUGCUUCAUCAGGACCCGGGGCUUGCACGCCAGAUUCUCUCGAUGACUGUCCAAUGAGAGUUGUUUACGCUGCAUUUGCAUAUGAUCAGGCGUAAUUUUACAAUUUGAUCUGUCUGCAAACUCUGCUUUCCCCUUGCCGUACUGUGAGUUGCGGGUGGUGUUUUGCUGCAAUGGUCCGUUCCAUGUAUGAACAAAAGAAUUUGCAGUUGCUUCCUGCAAUAGUUUUAGUUUGUUGACAGAUGCUGAAGCAAACUGCUCUUGCCGCGGCCUCACCUGUUGUCUUGAUCAUGUGUUUUGGUGUGGAAAUCAGGAACUUCAUCUUCUAACUGCUGGGAACCUUUACGUUUUUUUAGGAGAGCUGAAGAACUCUACUGCACCAAUACUAUGUGUUAAAUAGUUUGUAUGUCUUGUAUCGCAAUUGCCGUGCCCGACAGCAUCGGUAGAGAAACUUUGAAU